AUGCUUUCAUUUUACUUCUCAUGUCUGUUUACCCCCUCUCUUUUAUUUAAUCCCUCUCUAAAUCUUUCUUUUACUUCUCAUGUCUCUGUUACCCCUCUCUUUUCAUUUUUUCUCAUGUCUGUUACCCCCUCUCUAAAGCUUUCAUUUACUUCUCAUGUCUCUUUUCAUUUACUUCUCAUGUCUGUUACCCCCUCUCUAAAGCUUUUCAUUUACUUCUCAUGUCUCUCUAUUUUUUCAUUUACUUCUCAUGUCCCCUCUCUAAGCUUCCAUUUACUUCUCAUCUUUUCAUUACUUUGUCUUCUCAUGUCUGUUACCCUCUCUCAUUUGUCUCAUGUUACCUCUCUAAAGCUUUUCAUUUACUUCUCAUGUCUGUUAUCCCUCUCUAAAGCUUUUCAUUUACUUCUCAUGUCUGUUACCCCCUCUCUAUUUUCAUGUCUGUUAAAGUUUUUCAUUUACUUCUCAUGUCUGUUACCCCUCUCUAAAACUUUUCAUUUACUUCUCAUCUUUUCAUUUACUUCUCAUGUCUGUUACCCCUCUCUAAAGCUUUUCAUUUACUUCUCAUGUCUGUUACCCCUCUUAAACUUUUCAUUUACUUCAUGUCUGUUACCCCUCUCUAAAGCUUUCAUUUACUUCUCAUGUCUGUUACCCCUCUCUCUUCUUCUGUUACCCCUCUCUAAAGCUUUUACUUCUCAUGUCUGUUACCCCUCUCUAAAGCUUUUCAUUUACUUCUCAUGUCUGUUACCCCUCUCCUUUUCAUUUACUUUCAUGUCUGUUACCCUCUCUAAAGUUUUCAUUUACUUCUCAUCUUUUCAUUUACUUCUCAUGUCUGUUAAUUCUCCUAAACCCUCUCUAAAAGUUUUUCUUCUCAUGUCUUGUCUGUUACCCCCUCUCAUUUACUUCUUCAUGUCUGCUUUCAUUUACUUCUCAUGUCUGUUACCCCCGUCUAAAGCUUUCUGUCUCAUGUCCCUAAAGCUUUCUCUUCUCAAGCUUUCAUUUACUUCUCAUGUCUAUUACCCCUCUCUAAAGCUUUUCAUUUACUUCUCAUGUCUGUUACCCCUCUCUAAACUUUUCAUUUGCUCUCAUGUCUGUUACCCUCUUUUCAUUUACUUCUCAUGUAUCUGUUACCCCUCUCUGCUUUCAUUUACUUCUCAUGUCUGUUACCCCUCUCUAAAAGCUUUUCAUUUACUUCUCAUGUCUGUUACCCUCUCUCUUUCUUUUAACUUCUCAUGUCUGUUACCCCUCUCUAAAGCUUUUCAUUUUACUUCUCAUCUUUUCAUUUACUUCUCAUGUCUGUUACCCCUCUCUCUUUCAUUUUACUUCUCAUGUCUGUUACCCCUCUCUAAAGUUUUUCUUUUCAUUUUCUUCUCAUGUCUGUACCCCUCUCUAAAGCUUUUCAUUUACUUCUCAUGUCUACCCCUCUCUAAAGCUUUCAUUUUACUUCUCAUGUCUGUUGUAUCCCUCUCUAAAGCUUUUCAUUUACUUCUCAUCUUUUUUUUACUUCUCAUGUCUGUUAUCCCUCUAACGCUUUUCAUUUACUUUCUCAUGUCUGUUACCUCUCUCUUUUCAUUUUACUUCUCAUGUCUGUUACCCCUCUCUAAAAAGCUUCUCAUGUCUGUUACCCUCUCUAAAAGCUUUUCAUAUCUGUUACCCCCUCUCUUUUCAUUUUACUUCUCAUGUCUGGCCCACCCCUCUCUAAAGCUUUCAUUUACUUCUCAUCUUUUCAUUUUACUUCUCAUGUCUGUUACCCCUCUCUCUAAUUUACUUCUCAUUCUGUUACCCUCUCUAAAGCUUUUCAUUUACUUCUCAUGUCUGUUACCCCUCUCCUUUCAUUUCUUCUCAUGUCUGUUACCCCUCUCUAAAGCUUUCAUUUACUUCUCAUGUCUGUUACCCCUCCCAUUUACUUCUCAUAUCUCUAAAGCUUUUCAUUUUACUUCUCAUGUCUAUUAUCCCUCUCUAAAGCUUUUCAUUUACUUCUCAUGUCUGUUACCCCCUCUCUUUUCUGUUUUAACUUCUCAUCUUUUCAUUUUACUUCUCAUGUCUGUUAUCCCUCUCUCUAAAGCUUUUCAUUUACUUCUCAUGUCUGUUACCCUCUUCUUUUCAUUUACUUCUCAUGUCUGUUACCCCUCUCUAAAGCUUUUCAUUUACUUCUCAUCUUUUCAUUUACUUCUCAUGUCUCAUGUCUGUUACCCCUCUCUAAAGCUUUCAUUUACUUCUCAUGUCUGUUACCCUCUCUCUUUUCAAAGCUUCUCAUGUCUUUACCCCUCUCUAAAGCUUUUCAUUUACUUCUCAUGUCUGUUACCCCUCUCUAAAACUUCUUUCAUUUACUUUUCAUUCUUCUCUGUCUAUUAUCCCUCUCAUCUUUUCAUUUACUUCAUGUCUGUCACCCUCUCUAAAGCUCUCAUUUUACUUCUCAUAAUCUGUUACCCCUCUCUAAAUUUUCAUUUACUUCUCAUGUCUGUUACCCCCUCUCUCUUUUCAUUUUUACUUCUCAUGUCUGUUACCAUAUCUCUCCCUCUCAUUUUAUCUCAACCCCUCUCUUUCAUUUACUUCUCAUGUCUGUUACCCCCCUCUAAAGCUUUUUUCAUGUCUUUAUCCCCUCUUAAAUUUUUUUUUUUUUUUUCUCAUGUCUGUUACCCCCUCUCUUUUCUACUUCUUUUUCAUUUGCCCUCUUCUCAUCUUUUCAUUUACUUCUCAUGUCACAACCCCUCUAAAGCUUUCAUUUACUUCUCAUGUCUGUUAUUUUCCUCUAAAUCUUUUCAUUUACUUCUCAUCUUUCAUUUUUCUGUUAACCUCUCUGUAUUUACUUCUCAUGUCUGUUUCUUUUCAUUUACUUCUCAUGUCUGUUACCCCUCUCUAGCUUUUCCUUCUCAUGUCUGUUACCCUCUAAAGCUUUCAACUUCUCAUGUCUGUUACCCCUCUCUCUAUUUACUUCUUUUCAUUUACUUCUCAUGUCUGUUACCCUCUCUAAAGCUUUUCAUUUACUUCUCAUGUCUGUUACCCCCUCUCUUCUCUAAACCUUCUCAUGUCUGUUACCCCUCUCUAAAGCUUUUCAUUUACUUCUCAUGUCUGUUACCCUCUCUAAAUCUUUCAUUUACUUUCAUGUCUCUGUUACCCCUCUCUAAAGCUUUUCAUUUACUUCUUAUGUCUGUUACCCUCUCUAAAGCUUUUUCAUUUACUUCUCAUGUCUGUUACCCCUCUCUAAAAGCUUUCAUUUACUUCUCAUAUCUGUUACCCCUCUAA